CAACCUGACGAAAGUGAGCACGCCAAUUGGGCGAUGGGCACAUGGUUUGAAUGGGCCGUUGAACGAAGCGUGAAAGCUGGAAACAUUGGUUGUGCGGAAAAGUACAGUAAUGACUAAUGUAAGUAUAUUUUUGAAAACAUUGGCAUUGGCCAUUGCUAUAUAUUUACAUUUAAUUAAUAUGUUAUAGUGGGUUGGUAAUUUUGUUUUAUGAUGCUAUGAGAAUAUUUUUCAAUUAAUCUGUGUCCUUCAGAAAAUAGAGGUAACUAACUAUAUCGAGUAUUUAUAUACCGAUCACGUCAGUUGUGGUAUAUAUAUAUAUAUAUAUAUAUAUAUAUAUAUAUAUAUAUAUAUAUAUAUAUAUAUAUAUAUAUAUAUAUAGCGGUUUUUGAGUUGUUUUCAGACGAGUGUAUACCAAACCGGGCAAGCAGAAAAUUCUACUUGACCGCGGCUGGGAUUCGAACCCGCGACCUUCGCAUUUCUAGAACGAUGCUCUACCUUCUGAGCUACAAGGUCAAGCUGAGAACGACUUGUUAAGUUAUGAUGUUAGUUGCAUUUCGGAGGUUAGUCCUUCAAUGCGUAUAGCCAGCUAUUAGUCUGGCAAUGCUGUAUGUGAAUGUUGUGGUUUCCCACGUUUACGAUUCCACUCGUGUAACGUCAUGUAGCGGUUUUUGAGUUGUUUUCAGACGAGUGUGAAACACUCGUCUGAAAACAACUCAAAAACCGCUACAUGACGUUACACGAGUGGAAUCGUAAACGUGGGAAACCACAACAUUUAUAUAUAUAUAUAUAUAUAUAUAUAUAUAUAUAUAUAUAUAUAUAUAUAUAUAUAUAUAUAUAUAUAUAUAUAUAUAUAUCUGGUUAUAUACCAGGUUUGUAACUGCAUGGAUAUGUGCUUUGAAUAUAUAAUUAAUCUAUAUUGUUAUAUGUAUUCUAUGUAUAUACUGUAUAUAUACUUUUAUAAUAUAGCAUUUGUAAAUUCUGAACGCUGAUUGGCUAAGAGCCGUGUUGAUAUAACUCCAUGUCAACACGGGAAAUUUUCCGCCGCUUGUAACACGGAAAUUGUUCUUAUUCUUCGGGCUUUUGACAUUGCUAUAUUAUAAAACAAAUAUAAAACAUUUUUUCCGUGUUGAUAUAUAGUUAUAUCAACACUCGUGGAAGUUGGGAAAACUCGAAAUUGUGUGAAAACACUCCGCCCUUCGGGCGUCGUGUUUCCACACAAUUUCUCGUUUUCCCAAUUUCCACUCGUGUUGAUAUAACUGUAUAUCAACACGGAAAAUGUUUUAUAUUUGUUAAAUUGAAACCCCAAUUUUCCCUGGGGAGAUAUCAAAUCCCUUCCCUUGCUUUUAGAUUGUAUCGCCUGGAUUCAUAUACUAAUGAAAAACAAUGAAAAACUGACUCAAUUAUUAAAUAAAUGUGAUUAAAACCGCGCCCUCAGUUAACACUCUAUGCCUUUAGAUUAACGCGUUUUAACUGUGAACCUGCACUAAAUAUCGAAUACGAUGACAUUGUAUAUGAUUUCCAACAUUAUGUUUUUAUUUCCGACAGUUUUUGUUAAUAAUGUGCAGCGAGAGAAGAAAAAGUAAAAGCAAGGGUGGGUUGACUACAAAACUUUUGUAGAUCGCUAUAACUACAGCUACUUCAAAAAUAUGUAGUCAGCUACAAUUACUGCUACUUUUGAACAAAGUCAGUUACUAUUUCGCUACGCUAUAUUUUUUAGUUUUACUGUAUUUGGAGCAUAUAGGCCUAUACUACAUAAUUUGGUUAUGCUAUGCAAGUAUCAAGUCAUUAUCAUUAUUCAUUUCUUUAGAAAUCGAUUGUUUUCACGGUUUAUGAACACGAAAAUAUUUGUAUAGCAUGACCAAAUUCUCGGGCUGGCUAGGGCACUGACGAAUAUAUGUUGCAGCAGUCAAAAAGUGACUAUUGACGCCAAACCUGGGUUCUCGGCAUAAUUAUACAGCUAUUUCAAUUAAGGUUGUCCACGAGCAAAGCGGAAAAGUCGAAUACGAGCGCGAAUUAAAGGCUGCUGGGAAUCGCUAACAAAUUAAUGAAUUUUCAAGGCGAUUCCCCGCAGCAGCCUUUCGCGCAGCUCGUAUUCGACUUUUCCGCUUUGCUCGUGGACAACCUUAAUUGAAAUAGCUGUAUACCGCUAACUGAAAACGUCAAAUCGAUUUGAAGGUAGGUUCAGCAAGUUUUCGACAGCUACAUUAGUAGUUAAUUCAUGGUUCAAUGUUAAUGCACAAAUUACGCUAACUUCGAGCAACUAUAACAGUUGACCUCAAAAUAGGAUUUGGUUUACCGUUUGGUUGCCGUUUCCAUUUAGGAGGGGGACAUUGGGAUUUACGGUAUGGCGGUAUUAGCUUAUUUUUCUUACGGUAUACUUAAUUUCGGUAUUUUCCUUGAAAAAUUGCGGUAUUACGAUAUUGGAAAUCUUGCGGUACACGGUAUUUGCAAGACUCAAAAACUGCGGUAAUUGACAAAAUUUGCUUGUGGUGGUAUUGAAUACCCCCAAUGCCCCCCUCAGUUAGCGGUCUGCGCAACCGUCAUCAUAAUAUCCGCCAUCAUUUCCUUUUUUUUGUUCACUUGCAGCUCCAGAAAGGGGAAGCGUUAUACGCAGGUAGGGAGGAGUUUGUUUUAGGCUUUCCAAGUAAGUGUUUGAAAGCGUUUUACUGUAGGCAAGGUAGUGUUAAAGGGUCAGGGUCAUUAAGGCUCGGUUCAAACGUCGAACUUUUCAUGUGCCGAAUCUAAUUGUAAUUUGAGUCGACCCAAAUAAUAAAGUUCGACGUUUGAUUCAAACGUCGAAUUUAUUGCAAGUCGAAUCUAAAUAGUGCACAUCCGAUCUGUAAAGUCAUACAUCUGUCCAGCGGAUUCAUUGUUUGCAGCAAAAUUCAAAAUGGUGGGAGACGAACAUUCAAUGAAUUUUAUCUUAAAUUUAAUCAAACAGAACAGAAGGCGACGAUUAUUACUGCAUUCCACAAUGAACCAGCUAAUAUCUCGAAGAAGACAUCUUUUAACUAUUUCUUUUCUUGUUAUGAUAAUAAGUGUGAUGAGGAGCAGUGCAACGAUCAUAAGAGGCCCUCGUACCUGUCGUCGAUUGGGGCGAAACACUGGUUGGUGGGGGAAAGUGUGGGGAAGUUACUCUGA